GUAGUGUCACCACCGUAAAAGAUGAGACUCGUGGCACUGCACCUACUCUCAAAACCAGCGCCUCGAAAUAUGGCAAGGCACUAAUACACAAAUUGGAGUUGCUCAAGGAUACUCGAUUCUCCCACUGGCGUCACGAAUUCAUCGUCCUUACUCUGACUUACGCAAAUGAAAGGCGUUUGCUUUAUCUGGAACAUUCUUGGCAAGGCACAGGAUUAGGAGAACGGAUACCUGUGACUCUUAGUAGUCUUGUUGGCAGUCAGAAAGGAAGCGCAGAUGAAGCAAUGUUCUACAAGCCGAAUGAUCCUCAUGAAGACCACCGGAGGAGAUACACCAUGACCGUCUUCGAAAUCCAGUUUUCUGCUCAUCCUACUCAUACUAGCCCUGUCACUCUUCAUUCCAUUGCCCGGAUUCUAAGGCAGAUGGGAACGAAACAUGGAGCCUAUGCGUUGUUCAGUGCCAAUUGUUGGGCUUGGUCUCGAGGCAUUGUUAUGGCCAUUGCCUUAGAGUCUAGUAGCAACGUCGAGACAGUGACUAUGACAGGGAAGGAUAUAACAUUGCACCAACUCAAAUAUUACCUGUUGACUGAGUACGGUGCGUUUGGCGGUAUGCUCUUGCAUUGCAUAGAGAAAGGGAGGCAUGACCUACGUUGGUACGAGUAUUGCACUCUGCGAUGUGUUUACUUCCUUUAUGCCUUCAUUGGCCUCGGACUUUGGUUAAACCAUAUCAUUGUCGGUCCUCUCAACUGGACACUACGCGUCAAAGAACUUUGCAUUCGCGAGGACCGGACAACCGAUACGAAUGGUCAAGACCACACAUACGAUGUGCUGCCGCCCGAUCUCACAGAUUUAAUCCCCACAUUUCCGGGUACAGCCACACACCUUCUGGGAUACCAUUUCUGCGGGCCAAGUAAAUAUCUAUAUGUCCUGGCUGCCCCAAUUGCAACCUCUGGGGCAAGAGUGACGUCGGUUCACAUAUUUAUCUAUGGCACUGUGGAGUUGAAACCAGGCCAGGAAAAGUCGGUCUCUGAUUCCGAAAGCGCUCUUAACAGAAUGGAAUGGUUUCGAUGUGCUAUUCUUCGCCAAACGCAGGAUGGAAGACUCGUCGAGGUCUCUGAACCCGCUUGUUUUUCACUCAGGGUGCAGUUUCGGAGCGUGGGGAAGCGAUCGUAUGGUGCUGUACAUGUCAUGGAACAUCACCACCCAUUGACACUGGGGUUACGCCAAGGGGACUCGAUAGCAAUAUGGGCCCUUGGAAGGACUGGUUAUAUCCACAAACCAGCAGGCGCUUGGAUCAAGGUCGUGACGAAGAACCAGGCUCGGAUUUUUGGAUUGGUUGGUUGCGAUGGACGUGGCGAGGAGGAUCGCGGGACUCAUCAUAUACCCUCGUGGUCAUACCUGGCCAGAGAUAGUCGGACAACAUUGCCAUGAGCUGAAGUACCUGUUUUUCGAGAUUCCAUGGUGCCUGAACA